AGUCAUAUGAUGUUGUAGUUGGACUGGUUCACGCGGAGUUGCAGUUAAGGACAUUGGAGGAAGUUUAGUGCGACGAAGAAGUCUCGUGUUUCAGCCCCUUGUUGAGAGACGUAGUGUGGGGGUUUGUUUACUCUUAGAAGUGAGUUUGGUUCAGUGAUGUUCGCCGGUGGUUUGUUGGCGUGUUUGCUGGCCGUGUUUCAGCUCGGCUCACGCGCUCAAUAUGCCCCCGACGAGGUGACAUAUCUGCCAGGUAUGAUGUUCAAACCGAACUAUCAACAGUGGUCCGGAUACCUUCAGACACGACCGGGAAGGUUUCUCCAUUAUUGGUUUGUGACUUCUCAGAGGGACCCAGCCAAAGACCCUCUGGUGCUCUGGCUGAAUGGAGGUCCGGGCUGCAGCUCGUUGGAUGGAUUCCUGUCAGAGAAUGGACCGUUUCAUGUUAAUGAUAACGGGGCCACACUGUAUGAGAACACAUUCAGCUGGAACAAGAUUGCCAAUGUGCUGUAUAUAGAAUCUCCUGCAGGAGUGGGAUAUUCCUACUCUGAUGACAAAAACUACACCACCAACGAUGACCAGGUGGCUGAUGAUAAUUACAAAGCCCUGCAGAGCUUCUUUGCCAAGUUCCCAGAUUUCACUAAAAAUGAGUUCUUCAUCUUUGGGGAAAGUUACGGUGGAAUUUAUGCACCAACCCUCAGCCUGCGCGUGGCUACCAGGGAUGCCAAAAUCAACUUCAAGGGCUUUGCGGUGGGAAACGGUCUCAGCAGCUUUGCAUUCAAUGACCAAAGUUUGAUCUACUUUGGUUAUUACCACGGCCUCUUUGGAGAAGAUUUGUGGCGAGAUCUGAACAUAAAUUGCUGUGACAAGGGGAGCUGCAACUUCUACAACUCAACUUCAGACACCUGCAAGAUGCAGGUGCUAGUGGCCUUUCGAAUUGUGUAUGAGAGCGGACUUAAUGAGUAUGCCCUGUACUUGAAUUGUGAGGGUGGCAGAUCUCACAGAGGUUAUGAGAGGACCAUGGACCACCUCUUUAAGAACUACAGAAAACACCCACACACCUACAAGUUUUUAGGUCGAGUGCCUACCUCCAUGUCUCUGGGUGAAGUCCCUCCCUGCAUCAACAGCACGGCUCAGAUGAACUGGUUGAACAGAGGCGAUGUGAGGAAAGCUUUACAUGUUCCAGAUACACUGCCACCAUGGGACAUCUGCAG